AUUAAUACUCUAUCUAUGUCAGAUUUAUCAACACAAGGUCAAGUUUCAAAACAUGAAUUUCAGGACUACAUUUAUCAUGCAAAUCAAGAUUCAAUAGAGGCAAUAGCUAUUUCAAGACAACAUUGCAGCAUCAAAGUUCUAUGCAAGUCGGGAUCAUCAAUAGAAGCUCAAACCUCAUGCAAAGGCAAAAAAAAAAAUAAUAAUAAUAAUAAUAAAAAUAAGGCACAGAAUAAGAGUGCUUAUUCUUCAACGUGCCCUACCGGUCGGAUUUCAUUCAAGCUUUAUGAUUGGAAUCCCGCAGAAUUUCCUAGACGACUUCGGCACCAAAUAUUUCAGUGGUUGGCCAGCAUGCCUGUUGAGUUGGAGGGGUAUAUACGUCCUGGUUGUACAAUCUUGACUAUGUUCAUUUCAAUGCCUAAUUUUAUGUGGUCUAAGUUACAUGAAGACCCUGUUAUGUAUAUACCUGAUUUGGUUGGUGCUCCUGGGAAGAUGCUAUAUGGAAGAGGAUCUUUACUUGUUUAUUUAAACAAUGUGAUUUUUCGUGUGAUGAGAGAUGGAACUUCUGUGAUGCAAGUGAAGGUGGAGGAGCAGGCCCCAAAGCUUUGCUAUGUUUAUCCUACAUGUUUUGAGGCUGGGAAGCCUAUGGAGUUCAUGGCUUGCGGAAUUAAUCUACUUCAACCCAAAUUUUGGUUUCUUGUUUCUUUUGCUGGGAAGUGUUUGGCAUAUGAUUAUUGUGUUCCACCUCUCUAUGGUGACACUGAAGGGGUCACGGCUAGUUUCAAUCAUCAGUUAUUGAGGAUAUAUAUCCCUCAUACUGAACCAGAUUUUUUUUUUUUGGGCCUGCGUUUAUUGAGGUUGAGAAUGAGUCCGGCUUAUCCAACUUCGUUCCCAUUCUAAUUGGGAACAAAGAAAUUUGUUCUGAAAUAAAGAUUAUGGAAGCAUCACUCUGUUUGAAAGGAUCAAAGUUCAUGACUACUAGUUCUUCGUCUAAUCCAUGCGAAUAAAAUUUUACCCACAGAGCAGAGAAAGCAAGAGCAGAUUCAAAGCAAAAAUGAACAAGGAAACCGAGAAAUGGUGCAAACCGGAGCCGGAUAAGCCGCGGCUAGAGGCAGUGGCAAGGCCGCAAGUGUGAGACACACGAACACGGGCUGUAGAUAUGAAGCAAGCACACUCGAGGCCAACGACAAGCUGUGCAGUGCUAGGCAAGACCACACACGUCGCGUUGAGUGGGCGGACGUGUAUGGUCAGUGUCGGACAAUCCGAAGCCGGAGGCAGCAGGUGGUGUGCAAGCGACGGAGUAGUUGGACAGACCGACGCCGCGUUGAAAGGGCGGGCGUGGUCGGCGUUGGCCAGAUCACGGCUGAAGACGGUGCCUGGAAAUUGCGACGACGGCCGGCGUACUAACAUCGGUGGUCUUCAGUAGUUGCAAAGCAAGCUGGUCACGAUUUGGUUUGGCAGCGGAGGAACGUUGAAGAAGAAAGCUGGGUGAUCUCAGUUUGGAGGGAAAGUGUGCUGAAAUGGGUCCGUGGAGUUUGAUCUCCUGCAAAUAAUAUAAAAAAAA